AUUAUUAAAUUAAAAGACAGGAGCAAAAAGGGCUUGUAUUUCCUUUAAAAGGAGGUAAAAGACCACCAAAAGGCUCCCAUCAGCCAAUCUUAGGAGCCACUGAAAAUGGAUGUUGAGAAACUCUUCCACAUGAGAGAAGGCUUAGGGGAUUAUAGCUAUUCGAAGAACUCCCAUUUCCAGAAGAAGGCAUCUGAUAUGGUCAAGUACAUGACUAUAGAAGCAUUAAAAGAAGUCUAUCUUGCACUAACACCAAAGAGCUUUGGUGUGGCUGAUUUGGGUUGCUCAUCUGGACCUAACACACUAUCAAUUGUCAAAGAUAUUGUGGAAGCCAUUGAAGCAAUAAAUUGUGAAGUGAUGAGUCCAACACCAGAAAUCAGAGUUUAUCUUAAUGAUCUUCCAACAAACGACUUCAAUUCAGUGUUUAAGUCGUUGCCAGAUUUCUACAGAGACCUAAGGAAAGAAAGAAACAGUAGUAAUGUUUUCAUUGCAGGCUAUCCUGGUUCUUUUUAUGGUAGACUUUUCCCCAAUAAUUGCUUGCAUUUUGUCUACUCUUCUUUCAGUUUGCACUGGCUUUCCAAGGUUCCUCCAAUGCUUUAUGAUAAGGAAGGAAAGCCAAUAAAUAAAGGCAAAGUUCACAUUUCAGAAUCUAGUCCUCCACUUGUAUCCCAAGCAUAUGAAAUUCAAUUCCAGGAGGACUUCUUCUCAUUCCUUCACUCAAGGUCGAAAGAACUUAUCUCUGGAGGUUACAUGGCGUUGAUCAUGUUGGGAAGAAUAGGUCCUCAUCAUGUCGACAGAGGCAAUUCUUUCUAUUGGGAACUUCUUUCAAGAUCCCUUGCCAUUUUGGUUUCUCAGGGAGAAAUCGAGAAGGAAAAGCUUGAUUCUUAUGAUGUGCAUUUUUAUGCACCAUCCAGAGAUGAAAUUGAAGCUGAGAUAAGGAGGGAAGGUUCUUUUGAAUUGAUUCGAUUGGAGAUGCUUGAGACUGAUAAAGACUAUGAGAAAGUUGAAGGAAAGUUUGGAGAAGAAGUUGCAAUGACAGUUAGGGCAAUUCAAGAACCAAUGAUUUCCCAUCAUUUUGGAGAUGGAAUUUUAGACACUUUGUUUGAGAUUUUUGCCAGGAUUGUAGAUGAGGAAAUUGCUAAAGAAGAAAUUAAUCCCAUAACCUUUGCUUUUGUUCUUAGGAAAUUGUGUAUCUGAUGCCAAAUUUGUAGUUGGAAUUAUUGUGUUGUAGGGAUGUUUAUGUUCAAGCCUAUUCCCUUUUCAUGCCUGGAAAAAUUAAAAAAAAAAAUCCAUUGAGUCUUCACUUGA